CCUGUGGCUUGAGGAGCAGGGCAGUGCAGGAGACGCAGUGCUAUUAAUCGUGAUGAUUCUGCGCAUUGGAGAUCCUCCUCCUAAUUCUCCUCACCGGGGGAGGGAGGAGGAAGGAGUGUGAUCGCUGACUGAGUGUGUCACUGUGUCUGCUGCUGCUGCUGAGCUAUAGACAGCGUGGGCUUAGCUGCAGGAUCUCUGCCACCGUGCGGGCAGAAGCAGCGUAUAAUAAGCCCUCAGCUCUGCUCUGCCAUGCACCGGCUCCUGCCUCUGCUGCUCCUAUGGAUCCCGCGUAUACACUGCGAGGACAGCGCCAUGGAGGAGAUCGCUACGGAGAAAGAGGCAGAGGAGAGCCACAGGCAGGACAGUGUGAGCCUGCUGACAUUCAUUCUGCUGCUGACCUUAACCAUCCUCACCAUCUGGCUCUUCAAGCACCGGCGGGCGCGCUUCCUGCACGAGACUGGCCUGGCGAUGAUAUACGGUCUUAUUGUUGGGGUCAUAUUACGGUAUGGAACACCUUCCACCAGCACCUACAAUAAAACAAUCAGUUGCUCCCAAGAACAGAGGGCCUUCACCACGCUGCUUGUCAACGUCAGUGGGAAGUUAUUUGAAUACACAUUGAAGGGUGAAAUUAAUCCUGAGAAGAUUCAUAACGUGGAGCAGAAUGACAUGCUUAGAAAAGUAACCUUUGACCCAGAAGUCUUCUUCAACAUUUUAUUGCCACCUAUUAUUUUCCAUGCAGGAUACAGCUUAAAAAAGAGACAUUUCUUCAGAAAUAUUGGAUCUAUUCUUGCCUAUGCUUUCUUUGGUACUGCAGUCUCAUGCUUCAUCAUUGGAAAUCUCAUGUACGGAGUGGUGCAAUUAAUGAAGCUUGUUGGUCAACUAAGUGGCAAAUUUUACUAUACAGACUGUCUCUUUUUUGGAGCCAUCAUCUCUGCCACAGAUCCAGUGACAGUCCUGGCAAUAUUCAAUGACCUGCGUGCAGAUGUGGACUUGUAUGCUCUCUUGUUUGGGGAAAGUGUCCUCAAUGAUGCUGUAGCCAUUGUUCUGUCUUCGUCUAUAGUCGCUUAUCAACCUACAGGAGAGAACACUCACACGUUCGAUGCUGCUGCCUUUUUCAAGUCUGUUGGAGUUUUCGUUGGGAUAUUCAGUGGUUCAUUUGCAAUGGGUGUAUGUACAGGUGUCUCAACAGCUAUUGUAACCAAGUUUACCAAGCUGCACUGCUUCCCUUUGUUGGAGACUGCCUUGUUCUUUCUCCUGUCUUGGAGCACUUUCCUCCUGGCUGAAGCAUGCAGCUUUACAGGUGUAGUUGCAGUCUUGUUCUGUGGUAUCACGCAAGCUCAUUAUACAUAUAAUAAUUUAUCACCCGAGUCAAGAGACAGAACUAAACAGCUGUUUGAGGUCCUGCACUUUCUGGCUGAAAACUUCAUAUUUUCAUACAUGGGCCUAGCAUUAUUCACCUUCCAGAAACAUGUGUUCAGUCCCAUCUUUAUUAUCGGAGCUUUUAUAGCUGUGUUUGUAGGUAGAGCAGCUCAUGUAUAUCCACUUUCGUUUUUUCUGAAUUUGGGCCGAAGACACAAGAUUGGCUGGAACUUUCAGCACAUGAUGAUGUUUUCAGGUCUUCGGGGAGCUAUGGCAUUUGCACUUUCUAUUCGUGAUACUGCUACAUAUGCUCAUGAGAUGAUGUUUUCCACUACACUCCUGAUAGUCUUCUUUACUGUCUGGAUAAUUGGUGGAGGUACAACUCCCAUGUUGUCUUGGCUGAAUAUCAGAGUUGGUGACCAUGCCCCAUCGUUGGAGAAUCUGACCACUGGUCGUUGGCAGUAUUUCAGGGUUGGUGUAGAUCCCGAUCAAGACCCACCUCCAACUACUGACAGUUUUCAAGUGCUACAUGGUGAUGUUGGAGAUUCUAUUGGAACGAGUCGCACCAAACAGGAAAGUGCCUGGGUGUUCAGGCUGUGGUAUAGCUUUGAUCAUAAUUAUCUGAAGCCAAUGCUGACACAUAGUGGUCCUCCAUUAACUACAACAUUGCCCAGCUGGUGUGGUUUGGUGGCCAGAUGUUUCACAAGCCCACGGGCCUAUAAUAACCCAGAGCCGUUGAGAGAAGAUGAUGCAGACUUCAUUCUUAAUGAUGGUGACCUGACAUUGACUUAUGGAGACACUACCAUAACAGCCAAUGGUUCUACUGGCUCCCACACUGCCACCACAAGCCUUGAUGGCAGAAAAACAAAAAGUAGCUCGGAGGAAGCAUUGGAGCGUGAACUCGGAGGAGGAGACUAUGAGAUCACAAACAGGGGGACCAGAUUAGUGUUUCCUCUAGAGGAGAAUGCAUGACCUCAUGUGCAAGUGACCGGAAAGGAAAGGUGUAUGGCCAGAUAUGGUACUAGGAGCAUAUCAAGCCCCACUGGGUGAAGAGUUGGGUGCAGUUCACGCACUAGUAAUAUGACCAUUCUUGUGGUACUGAUGGUGGGAAGUUACAAGACUAUAAUUUCUUAUCAGAUACAGCAACUAUGAUUCUUUACAUGUGGCACAUACAAUGCACCACCUAGUUGGCUAUGGACUUCUCUCUGCCUGUUCCAUGUCCCAGUAAAAUAGAUGCCUAAACCACUGAAACCCAACUAUAUAACCGUAAGGUAAACGGCACAGUUUUUGAUAGGAGCAAGCAGCAGACUUCUAGGGAAAGUGCCUGUUAUUUAUAGAGCAAUUGGUGAUGUUCUGGCGUCUGGAAGAAGUAUUGACUGCAUUUUUUACAGUCCCUGUAAAAUAGAGCAUAUACAGUACAUGCUGAUCUGCAUGAUGACUUGGACAGUGCAUCUAAGAAAUAACAGUAUGUUUAUGGGUGGUUUUUUCUUUUUAUGAUUUUGUAAAUUGUUAGGUUGUAUGUUCAGUGAUUAAGCAUGGCUGAUAACUGUAAAGUUGUGUUUAGCUAAAUUAAUCUUGCAUUACUUGUCUUAUAUUAAUCCGUCACAUCACUGUCUGAUAUAAAGCUCAUGUGAAGUCAUAGCUAUACAUCCUUUCACUAAAAUCUCAGCCCAAGAAAAUUAUAUCAUUACAUACUAUGACCUUUUGACAGACCAUAAAAGAAAAUUGAUAAUCAGUUGUACAGUAUACCUUUUAGAUCUGCCAUUCGGAAGGUAUAUGUACAUGUAAAAUAUACGUAAGAUCUCCUUUGCUUCUGCUGUAUUUCAUAUGGGUUAGGUUAUUUAUUGGCAGUGUGCAAUAUGUUUAAAAUAUGUAAAAUGAAAUAUAAUUGUACAAGUCAACAUAUAAAAAAGGAGCUUAAAAUGCUUUUUCACACCUAUGUGGGUUUUUUGUUUGCAGUUUUAAUACAAUUUUGAAAGUCUAAAAACCACAUCUGAAAUAAACAGGAAAUAGAAGACAUUUGUCUCUAUUUAGGGUUAGGAGCAAAGUCACAAAAUAAUAAAAAGUGCCACCUGAACACGCCAUGUUGCAAUACAAGGGCAAAUGCAAUUUUAAUUUUAUAUGGGGAAUAUAGUAGCUGCUUUAUUGUUCCACUGUAGUUAGAGUUGAUCUAGAAUGCUCGCCCCUCCCCUCCUCCAUGCUAAACGGACUACAGAUUUAAACUUCCCCGUCAACUUCCUGCAGCCUGAAUUAUUUUGCCAAGGUGUAGCAUUGCGCCUUCUGGAUGCAUUCACUCCUGACUAUAAAGAAGGCCAGCACACUGUGCAAUGCAUGGAAAGCACAUACAUAAGUAAUGUGCAUUAUUGAUGCAUACAUGGUGAGUACUUCAGGCAUACUGAUGUGUCCUUGUGCAUCAUUGCUGCAGUGGCGCCAAACAGCCAAUCACAGUGCAUCGGGUCCUGUGAGACUCUGUUAGCAUUGGGCGUCUUUUUGCUGAAAAAGUGUCUUAGUCGCAACGAGAUGCAACUAGGACACACCAAUAAACUGCGCUGAUUAAUUUGAUAUAUGACACCUUUAUAUCUGUGUGUGACUGCGCUUUUCUCCGUGCCAAGUUCCGCUGUGCUUCGUAUACAGACUCCUGUGGAAGAUAUCUGUCAUUUUUCUGGAUCUGCUUCACCCAUUUAACAUGGUGAAGCAGGUCCAGACACUGUCCAGAUGUAGUAUUCAUUCUUUUGCCGAAGAGGAAGAGUGUUAAUUCACCUGUCCAGCAAAUUGCGCUUUCCCUCUUCAGCUGUAGCUGCUGUCUGUGACAUUCUGUGCAUGUGCCAGUCCUUUUCUCCCAGUGGCACCUGCAGCAUCAUUGCAAAAAAUAAAGUUAUUUUUUGAAUGCAUAAUCCCUGCCUGUCGGAACUGACAUCCAGGGACAGUGCUAUGCAUGCUUCAGUGACGGCUGCAGCUGUCAAUCGAUAGCUGCAGGUGUCAGAAUGGUCCUUGCCACGGACAGUUCAUACAUUUACUGAAACAUCGGCAUCCUAUCUUGAAGAAAGGACCGCCGAUAAUGACAGGGGCGCAUAUCUCACCCGUCCUUCUGAUCACUUCCCUACAUUAGUACAUGCAGGGAAGAGGUAACAUCUGCACAUAACUUGCGCAGUUACCGAAAUUACAGUUAACACCAGUUCAUACAUCUCUCCAUAUGUCAUACACAGAUAUACAAGUAUUGAAAAUUAAAUAAUUCCGUUUCCUGGUGUAUCCUAGUUACAUUGUGUUGCGAUUAAGAUGCAUUUUCGUCAGUGGCACAACACUAGCAGAGUUCCGGACAGGCAUCUCGCGUUGUGUGGUGUAUUGAGGCUAGAUGUAUGAGGAUACAUCUGCAUAGGCGUGACUGAAGACUUUGUCAGAUGGUAUUAUGUAGAGCAACACUGCUUCUUUGGAAACUUGUUUCUGCAUGAUUUUCUGGAGUUUUGCUAUGACUCCGUAUAAAUACCAGAGAUUCAAUGAUCCUAGUACCUACUCAAUGUCACAGUAAAGGCCCAUAUAGACAGGCCGAUGCGGGAGAGAUGUGUGCUGAGUGAAGUGAGCGACCCGCUAGAUUGGCCUGCAUGCAGGCCAAUCUAGCAGCAGCGAUAGCGAUGUGCGGGGCCGCGCAUUGCUAUCGCUGAGGGGGCUACACAUGGAGCGAUCAUGCCGAUAUUCUAAGCAAUCUAGUCAGAUUGCUUAGAAUACCGCUCUGUGAGUACCCCCCUUUACAUCCUUGCAUUUUGUUCCAUCUAGAUCAGAGCAUGAUUAUUUACUCUCCAAGUGCUCCCCUGAUUCCGCCGUAAGUAUUACACCAAGCUGACCAGGUUCCUUGCGCCAUCUUAAAGCUAUGCUAUAGCUGUUUUUUUUCUCUUUUUAAAUAGAUGUAUCGGCAUAUAUAGGUGUAAGUGAGGUACUCGGGUAUUUAGAACUGGGCUCACUAGGUAAACAGAGAUAACCUUAGGGGUCAGGAUCACACAGACAAGACAAAAGGGGAAAGACAAAGGUAUCUUUAACUAUAUUUUUACGUAGCAAUAGAAUAUAAUACAUUAAUAUCACAAAAAAAUGGAAGCUUAAAACAGUCACUAGCUUACGCACCACAACCCCUUGUUCCGAUCUUAAAAGCAGUGUACCUAGAAGAAGACCGUAUUCCAUACCUCUGACUGUCUUUCACACUUUAGAUUCCAACAGAGUCAAUAGCAGGGUAUUUGGUAAUGGUCCCCAAGAAGGCUGUAUGGGACAUGUGCAGAACUUCUCUGGUUCCCUAGGUACCCCUGAGUGUACCUGCUCGUGGAGAACAGUAAUAGUCUGCCUGGCAAUAAUGAAGGGGAUUGUGUAAAGUAAUGAUGGGUCCCUCCUGGUGUUUCACUCCUUCCAUGAUUUGCCUUUUAGCUGCAUGUCCAGGAGACUUCUGAAUUUCAGCAUUGGGGAAUGUAAAAUGCAGAACCGGGUUUAAAGUUGUGAGAGGGUCGCAGCUAUGGUGGUCAAUACCGGGAUCGGCGGGAUCCCGGGAUUUAGGCCCAAAAAUGGCCGGGAUUGGAAGCUCCAAUCCCGGGGAUUGAGGGAUCAGCGUUGAACAUCCACAGGACGCUCAAACGCUGCCCGGCUUCCUGCUUCCGGGUCCCCAGCGCAGCGUGAGAGGUCACGCUGCGCUGUUAGCUGCUGCUGGGAGACGCCAGCAGCGUUCACACGGUGUUCCCCUCCCGCCCGUCCCCAGUAUAUGGUGAGUUAUAUGUGCGGGGCGGGGUGUGGCGAGGGGGCGGCCACCUAGGUAAAAGCCUAUCCCGGGAAUUCCGGGAUUGGCCAUUUUUCAAUCCCGAUACCCGGGAUUGAAAAAAUGGCCCGGGAUUGGCUUCCCUAGUCGCAGCCUAGCCCAACUCUAACAUACAGUGUAAGAAUAGAUCAGCCAGUGUGUGUGCAGCAUACAGGAGCGUGGCGUAUUUACAUUCCUUGAGUGCAGCAUGGUUUACUUGAGGUGCAACAUUUUCACCUAACUGUGAAACGACCAUUUACUGCUCAGUAUAUUCUGUUACUGCCAUCUGUGUCCGUCCACCCAAUCAUUUCCAUUUUAGGAUUUCCUGUGCCUUUUCUGUUUAUUUCUCUUUCACAUGUCUAUCCGUUUCCUUACCCGCUUUACUUGCAUCUUGCAAGAUCAGCAAUAUCAAACACAUUUGAUUGCUUACAGUGUGUAUAUAUACAGGGCUGUAUUUUGUGAGGAUAUAUAAGGUCUCCAAGUGAUGUAACUAUAGAGGAUCCCGAGCAAGAUUUCUGUCUGAUACCGUAUGUAAUAUCUUAUGUUACAUUUGUUAACUGAUGCUGGUCUUGCAUGACACAAAUAGAAAGUGAAAGGGGGGUAGUAUGAGGUAGUGUUGGAACCAUCUCCUUGCCUGACUGUUGAGAGAAAUGACAGCAAGAAAAAAUAUAGAUGCUCUUGAUCUGAGCUACUUAUAAUGUAUCAGUCCAGCUGCAUCCACGCCUGUCAGUGAUGACAAACACUACAGUAGAGGAAACUUAGCAUGUCCUUAUUGUAUCCUUACUUCUUUAUCCCAGAUUUUAAUGUUCUGUUGUACAGGCAUCUGGCAUAGCUUCAAAGGGUCUGUUAUGUCCUGUUCUUUAUGCACAGUACAAAGAUGUAAUGCUGGUCUCCGGUUUGUAAUCCGUUCUCUUGUCAGGAGUGGGAUUUAUUUUACAUAGAGAAGUUCUCACAGUAUUGCUCAACCUUUUCCAAGUUUAGGAGUGUAAAAUAACUUAACUUAAUUGGUCGUAUGAAUUUUAAUUCAAACAGUAUUUGGUUUAGCUCUUCAUAUUAAACAUCUUUACACAUACUAUAAGAAGCUAAAAUAGUCCUGACUGCUAUUUAAUGUUUGAAUAAUUUGAUUAGCCAAAUGCUGUACUAACCCCUUUCCCUAAGUCUCCCAAUCAGAGUCCCUCAAAUAAGUAAAAAACCAUUGAAAAUUAGGGCUGCUUUUUUUCGCUACCUGUAUGAUGUGUAUUUUCGUGACCUGUUUAAUAAAUAGUACUUUAAAAAAAAAAUAUAGAAAAAAGUUAGGGCCACUUUAGUGAUCAAUAAAACAACUAGGCAAAUUAAAAUGCAACAUACAGUAUAAUCUGCUGCUUUCCUGCUCUACAAGAGAGGGUGGAUGUUGGAUCUGUGCAUUUACCACAAUAGUAUAGAAAAUUCGAACAAUCUGUAUUGACUCCUAAUGUAUAUGUUUGUAAUACCCACUGGUAACGCCUAAAGAGUUUAUGCUAAUUCAUUAUGCCAAGUUCUAAAGCUACCAAUCACUUUUAGGUAUUUUUUUCUCUACUGUACUCUAUGUACCAUAUUGUCAGGGAUUCACGUACAUGUAGCUGUAGAUGAGGGGUUCCCGACCAUGGUCCACAAGGCUCACAAACAGUCCUGUGAUCCAUACAUGAGCACAGGUGACAUAAUUAGUACCUCCGUUAUUUUGAUCUAACAAUCUCUGUAAGCAUUGAUUUCACUAAAACCUGGACUUAGUGUGCCUCGAGGGCUGAGGUUGGCAAUCACUGCUGUAGACAUUUCAUUCUGCAUUCCUGAGUAGAUUUCUGUCUGCUUCCCAGUGUGUGUGUGUGUGUGUGUGUGUGUGUGUGCUCCCAUGAUGUGUUUUUUAUUUUAUUUUUUACCCUCAAACUACUAAUUAUACUUACAGAUCAACUGACUUCAGUCUAUGCGUGUUCUGUCUUUUUAAAGAGUGUUUUGCUAAACUGUCCAGUCUCCUGAAUGGUUUAUAGUACAUACUUUCUUACACUCCUGGAAUACCCGAUAGACUUAAAAUUUUCAAGACCAGUUUCCCACUUAAUGACGCUAUUCACAUUGGUUUGUUGCCCCGCCCCUUGCUGCUUAGGAUGAGAGUUUGAUGGUGGAAAGAUCAGGGUAUCCUAACAGUCCAAAAUUCUGCUGUGAGGAUCAAGUCACACUAAGACAAGAAGAUCGGGGUGUCAAACAUACCUCUGUUUUCUAUAAAAGUGGAAGGAUGUGAAACUGGUUUAAACAUGUCUGUCUUUGUAUGAAUGUACAAUUUUACACCAUAAUCUAUUAAAAAAAAAGCAUUAUUUGGUAUACGUAA